CUUCUUCUCAAAUAAACAAAACCCAUUUGUACAUUUUCCCCCUUGCCUUUUCGUUUGUAAAUUAUAGUAAUAAUGGCUGAUAUGGGGAAAGUAGUUUCAUGCCACACUGUUGGCUCAUGGAAGCAACAGCUCCUCAAAGCCAAACAAUACAACAAAUUGGUCGUCGUGAAUUUUACAGCAACGUGGUGUGGCCCGUGUCGUACCAUGGCUCCAGUUCUUGAAGACUUAGCGAGUAAAAUGAGGAACAAUGACGUUUUGUUUCUGAAAGUGGACGUUGACGAACUCAUGAGUGUUGCUAAUGAGUUGGGAGUGGGAGCUCUGCCCUCGUUUCAGUUCUUCAAGAACGGAAAGUUAGUAGACAAGUUCGUGGGGGCAAGGAAAGAUGUAUUGCACAGCACUGUAUCCAAACAUGUCGUACAAAGCUGACUAUUAUCUGUAAUACUUGGGUGCAAUCUAGGCUAUGCUAAUUCAUCUCCACAUUGUCUUUAAUCACAAAGAAAAAAUAUAUUUUUUUCAGAAAUAAUUAUCAUGUAAUAACUUGUGAUUAUACAUUUGAGUUGACUUCUAGA